GGGAAAAGCCUUUCUUUCUGGUAGGAUUAUGAGAUUUGUCUGGGGGUCUCUCUUGACAACCUCAUUGCAUUUCAAAGAAAGAGAAGUAGAAGAAGAAGAAGAACAGGAAGAGGAUUGAGCAUAUCCGGUUCCAGCUUGCUUGCCUGCUAGUACGGUGCCUUGGUCUUUUCAUUUUUUUAUUUUUUUAUUAUCACCCUGAGCCUUGCUGUUGUCCAUCGGUUUCUCCCGACCUAUUCGUCACUCACAGAAUAUACAAUAUGCCUGCAUACAACACAAGAAAAGUAUCGUUGAGCUUGCCGAGCCUGGGAAUCGCUAUACCUGGCAGUGGCGGCAACCAUGGACAGCGCCGCACGACUCCCUCAUCCGCGAAUGCCUCGCCUUCGAGCCGCCCAGCGCCAUCGUCCGCACCCGCAUCGGCGACAUUAGACCAAAGCAGUCAGGCACGCGCGCAAAUACCUAGCAGCAAGAAGCGCAAGGCUUCAAAUGAUAGCGAGUCGCAGAGCCCGCGCCCAACAGUGAUGGCAAAGAAACAGCACUCGCAGCCUACACCGACGCCUGCUGCCUCCCGCGAUCCUUCCGAGCACACCCCGCCGCCUUCUCCUACGCGGUCUGUCGAGAUGGCGGAUGCCGACCCUGUUGUUGUACCCAAACCUUUCGACCUGGAUACCGUCAAUGAUGAGAUCGUCGAGGCUGUCAUUAGAGUGCUUAUUAGCCAGGCCAACCGACCGCACUUGGUCAAGGAGCUCGCGACCAUCCUGAUGUUGCAACUCAGGAUAGUUCAACAAUCUGCGAAUCCAUGCGCCAUCAUCUCUUCGAGGCUUUCGAGCUUCCUCAAGCGCCCCUGUUGGAGCGCCUCGACCCCAUGCCCUUUGGCCAAGGAGUUGGAGACUGUUCACCCAAGGAGAACAUACUUCUACCUGACCACAUGCCCGCACCCACCAUUCGCCGAGUCUCCUGUUUCCAUGGCCACUCCACCAAUAGUCAAGCCUCCGCGCGCCAUAAUCACACCGUCGUUAUCAAGUGGCACGUCAGCUUCGGAAGAUGCUGAAGAUAACAUGCGCCGUAGGCAGUUGAGCCCAUCGCCCGAGAUCGACUUGUCCUCGCCAGAGUUCGACGACUUCGAUGAUGAGCUGCCCUCGACACCCCUGGGCUCACUGUCAUCACGCAUGCCGCCAAGAUUGCACCAUCACAGCUCAAGGCAUCAUCGCGGCGCAUCUCCGCCUCUAGAGAAGGACGAGAAAGAGUUCACGCAGACGGCCAACGUGCUGCAGCAGAGGAAGAAGGCGAGCGGCCAUCUAUUGGCAUCCAAGCCGGUUGAGACGGUUGUGGAGACCCCCUACAACAACCAUGCACGAGACGAAAACUUGUUUGGAGGUUACAACUCCCACCACCACAGGACGCUUUCGCCAGUCGCUCCUUUGCCACUGAUGACAUUUUCUGUCACAAGCCCCGCCAUACGACCUUCGUUUGGGUUGAACCUCAAACGGGACGUCGAGGCUGAAAGCUGGGCGCGACUUGACAGCAUGCUCGAGUGGGACCGUAGUCCCGAGAACAUUGAGCUUGAAGAGCUCGAUGGACUUCUUGAUUUCUAAGGGUGCCUUGGUGUAACCCUGUGUAACAUUUCAUUUAACGCUUCGGCCGAAAUGCCAAAGCCUCUCUUUUUUUUUUUUUUUUUUUUUUUUUUUUUUUUUUU